AUGGUGAAUCCUGGAGGCAGCAGCCAGCCACCACCAGUGGGCACAGGUUCCCUGUCCUGGAAGCGGUGUGCAGGCUGCGGGGGCAAAAUCGCAGACCGUUUCCUACUCUACACCAUGGACAGCUACUGGCACAGCCGAUGCCUCAAGUGCUCCUGUUGCCAGGCCCAGCUGGGCGAAAUCGGCACGUCAUGUUACACAAAAAGCGGCAUGAUCCUCUGUAGAAACGACUACAUCAGGUGAGGAAAAACGUACCUAGUUGUCCCUAUGAUAGAGCGUAAGUUUUGCAACUAAAACUCUUUCCUCAGAGACUGGACAAAUUUCUUAAAAAAAAAAAAGAUCUGGAUUAUAUCAAGAAAUGAUGCUAAAUUAGUUUGAAAUCAGAUAAAAUAGACAUGCUGAGUAAAAAGACAUCCAGGUUAUCAUGCAUUCAGCAGCAAAGCGGGGUAUUGCUUUCAAACAUGUGUCUCAAAUUCUGCUAAUUCUUGAAAGUAUCCCGGUCUAAGCCUCCAUGGUCUGCUCUGAAAGAGGUCAAACACACUGACAAGUUGACAGACAGCUAAGCAAAAAAGUUGCACUGCCGACCAUCCAUGUUUGGCUGUUCAUGGUCAGAGGACAGAAAAUUAGUCUUGAUAGAUUUUCUUUUUUUUUUGUCGUUGUCGCACUUUAAGACACAUGCACAACGUAAGAUCUUGGCACAGAUGAUGAGAGUUUUAUUUAUUUUUUUUGUGUUUUUUCAUGGAGUUGAAACCCACCAUUCAAUUAGCAAAGAGAGCAGUUUUAAAUAUUGUAGUAGGUGUGCCAGACACCAGAGCUUAUUGAAGACACUCUUAUUCUGGUAAUGUAGACCUGUCUGAUGUCAGAGCACAGGGCACAGGUUACUGCAAGUUCAAAUACUUAUAUGAGUCACCUUUGGGUGUGAAAACAAUUUUGAACUCAGUGGUUGUAAUUACCAGGUUUGACUGUUACUGUCUGACUCAUUGAUGACUUUAAAACACGUGUUUUCAAGGUCAGCUUUUUUUGAUAUAUAAGUGAAAAAACUCGUGCAAAUCCAUGAUGGGAGUUUUGGGGAAAAAAAGUUGAUUUCUUUUCCAUUAAUAUGGGGGAAAAAAAUAGAACUGCACCAGAGCCAACAUGAACACUGCUAUUAAAUCUGCACAAAAAAAUUCAAAGUGUGUCUGUGCGCUGUGAAACACCCACCUCAUGAAAAGGAUGAGAAAGUCAAUGGGGUACUUCAUUCAUAAUGGGACUAUAACGUAAUUAAAAUUGGAAGGGGGGAAAAUGUGGAUACACCUUUCCACUUGUAAUGAGAGCAUGCUUGGUGGAAGAGCUAAAACGCAUAUUAUGGAACCAUGAGAUCUCUGUGGAGAUAAAGGAGCGGGGAGGGAGGGGGGGGCAUCUGACAGUGAGUCUACACAAUUAAAUGCUUUAAUUAUAGUCCCCCUCCAUUUCCUUUAGUCCUGUUGGGUUUUAUCUAAUGAGAUCUGGUCCCUGGCUUGUAUCCGCUCCCAAUGACGUGUCCGAAAUGAAUGAGAGCCACACUGCAAACAAAACAUUUAAUUAACCAAAUUGGCUUUUGAGAGAGACCAAGAGAGAAAGACAGAUAGAGAAGAGGGAUUAUUGCGAAGGCCAUUUGCUGCUGUUUUUUUCCCCCUCAUCUUAAAGGGGCAGACUCAUUUUUAUAAUAGACUGCUAAACUGCCCGUACGACAUACAUUUUUAAGCUGCUUUUGAGCUGCUCCUCCAAACUUGUAUUAAUAAAGCUGAUGUGAAAAUGCUGGGAUGAUUGAUCUGGAGUCAGAACACACCACAUCAGAGCUAUAAUGGGAUGUAUGCCUGGCCCGGGAUGAUACCAAUCUCCCAUCAAUCAAGCGGGAAUAUUACCAAACAUCACAGGACGAGUUUGUGUCUGUGCUUUCAUGUCAAACUUAAAGCCAAAGUUGGAUCGUGUUGUUCUAAGCUGGAGGUGAUAUUAUUUCUGCGGGCUGCUAGUAGAGGGAGAAUUAAUUUACUUGUGGCUGCUGGAUUCAGGGAGAAUGCUGUCCCCCUUAAUUGAAUAAGCCUAGGUAAUUAAAUGGCACUUUUCCAAUAGAACGUGUGAGGUAAAUCUAAUAGUUGGUUAUUUAAUAUCACUUUGAAGUCUGCCCACUCAAGCACUAUGACAGCACAAGAGAAUGUGAACUAUUAGGCCGAGGAGAAAAAAAACGGGAUCUCAGAAAUUAAUUAAAUCGCAUGCAAUUUAGGGGAAACGUUUAUCUUGAUUUGUCAUAACAGAAUUAAUUCAAGGCCUUCAAUUCACUUGGGGCCAGAUCUGUUACUCUGAAUUAACCAAGUGUAAUUUGGCUGAUCCCCCUCCACCACAGCCACCCUCCAUCCUCCACCCUCACGCACACACACGCUCACACACCUCCCCAUCCCCCUCCUCCCAAAACACAUGCACAUACACAGAUCCACGCACUCCCUCCCUCAUCCUCGCAAUCUCCCCACCCCAGCCCACCCCGUCCUCGGCCCCUCCACCCUUUCCUCUAAUGCAGCUCUUGCCAUUAUGCAAAGCCCCGCUUCAGUAUCAAUAUGGCCUUAGUGCUUUUAAGGUGCUUUGGCUGCUGAUGUAGAGAGGCAUUUUUAAUGGACUGUGUUGCAGAAAUCAUUGUUGUGGGGUAAUUUUACCCCACUCAAAGGCCUUGGUGAAUGAGGUCUGCAUUUACCAGACAGCCUAGCAGCAAAGCCAUGCUAUAUUUCACCUGGCAGUCAGUGCUGAAAUGAAAUCCAAUAGUUAUUGCCUGUAUAGACAACAGACAGCUCCAAAUGUGUUUUUUCGUUUGUUAUUUAAUUUAAUCAGAUGCAAUGGUCGCGGAGAAGUCACAUCCCCGAGAGGGAAGAACGGAUAAAUCAAGAUAAAGCCCCCUCUAGAAACAUCUUACAAAGUGCUGAUUUCUUUAGGAGGGAAAAAGCCAAAACCAGAUGUGUCACUGCAAUUAAAGAGUCCCUUGGCCUUAAUUAUACCGACCUGGGGUGUCUACUUCACCUCGGCGCUGUAGGUCACUGGCAGAGGAGGCCAUUACAGCCCAAGUUCAAGCUGAUAUAGCAACUUAAUUGAGCACCUAAAGGCUUUGGCUCCUUAAAUCAAAUACUAUCAGGAGCUUUCCCUUGGUAAAAUAAUUAACCUGCUAUGGGUGAAAUAUAAAAGGCUGUGAUGAAAAGUAGUCUUUGUUUCGACAUCUGAAGCUCCUGGAGGAAUAAAUUUAACAUGAACACGAGGAACAUAUUCCCAAUUUAAGCAAAGUUUGAAUAUCCGAACGAGGCGGCUUUAUUAUGUGGGGGAAAGUGUAGUUUUGCUUCCCCACACAUUGCACAAGCAUAAGAGUCUUAAAGCAAAGGUCUAUAUGUUCAUUUCCACUAUCAUGUUUGUCCCAGUGAAAGCAGGGAAUUGGCAGCGUUGUGACGACAGUCUCCAGUUAAUUAGUUUCUGAAAUUGAGUUUUGAUGGAGCCUUUCCAAAUGAUGCCAAGACAAAAUUUGCUUCUGCCUCGGCUGUCUUAUUGAAAGCCAUUUCUGUGUCCCCUUUGCAAAGAGCUCUGGCUUGUUUGUUCGUCAAUAUAUCUAACAACUGCCUGGGUUAGAGUUGGGAUGGUGGAAGCGUUUAUUCCCCCGCUUAGUCUCAGAGCGAGUUUGUUAAAUACUUCGCGUAAAAAUGUCCCCGAGAAUGCCUGAACAGAAAAAAAAUGUAAUUCCUACAUCCAUUUCCACUUGUUUCUAAUUUUUCUUAAACUUUAUCUGAUGCACACACACCAGUGUUAACCACUCCCCCCCCCCUAUCCCUUUCUUUUUCCAUCCCUCUCUCCCCUUCUCUUCUCUCCGGAGCAUGUCAGAUGCCGUGCUCUUAUUUGAUUGCUUAGGAAAAGUGCAGUGAUAGAGCAAACACCCGGUGAGAUAUGAUGACAAAUGGGUCCAGAUCCCAGUAAAUUACUUUCUGCUCAAAUCGAAAUUUCAUUCAGUUUGCUGCUCACCGAGAUGAAGUAAUCUAAAUUGUGGACUCAGAAGGAAGAUAGAAGGGAAGCUGGAGCAAGCAUUUCAUUAUCAAGAGGCAGAGGGAAGGAGAGAGAGAGGGAGGGAGAGGGAGAGAAGGUUAGGGACGAAAGAGAUGAGCAGAAGCAAAUCUAAAGUGUUGACACCAUGAUUGAAAAGGUUAACCCAUGCACAUUAUAUAUCAACCCGAGUAGCUACGGGUUUCUAAUGGAAACGCGGCACUGACAGAGCGUUCACAGGAGUCCUAAUGGCAAAAGCACUAUGUCUCCGCCUGGAUGUACAAUCAAAUCCUCUUAGGUCCUGAUUGCUUAUGUUCCAGGUUAUUAUUAGGUUGCAAAAAAUGUGCAGGAAAAGUAAUAUGCAGUUUCAGAGCGAGAUGCUUGUGGGGCGCAGAGUGCAGGAGGAUUCAUUUUUACAUCGAUAUUGUGAUGAUUUUCUAUUUCUUCAUCCUGUUUUCCUCCUUUCUGUUUUUUCUUCUGUAUGUUUUCCCUUCAAGGUAGAAAUGCAGCAGUGGGGGGAAGUGAACUAAACACUGACUAUUCAAGAGUUCUCAUUCAGAUACGCACUCAACAGAUAAAAGUACACAAGUUUUUGCAGAAGCACACAGCGGGGCUUUGGUAACAUUUCUCCUCUCCGUUUUCUACUUUUUUUUUCUCUUUCAGAUUAUUUGGAAACAGCGGAGCCUGCAGCGCAUGUGGUCAGUCCAUUCCAGCCAGUGAACUGGUGAUGAGGGCGCAGGGCAACGUUUACCAUCUCAAGGUACACUCUCCUGAAUAAAGUAUGAACACAGUAUGAACACAGCACAUCCUGACUUGAGAUAGUACGCUGGUCAUUAAACUACGUUUUCUAUCUUUUUCUGCUUGUUAUGUUUACUUGCCAAGUUCGGGUGGCGAGCUGCUGCUAAAAUGAAUCAAGUUGCACUACAUUAAAUUAAUAAAGGAAUAAUUUUAUAGUUUGUUUUGACAAAGACGACUGUUGAGAUCAGUAAAUAUAAAGCCUAUACAAAACCCUGUUGCCAAAGAAUUAGUAAGUAUUAGCACAAUAAACAAGGAGGCACUUCAUGACAAGAAGGGCAAACAGAGCUUGUUAUCAAGAAUCUACACUACAUAUAUGAUAAUGCGGGUGUUAAGAUUCAGCGCUGUGAAAUUCCAUAGGCAGAGCAAUGCACAGGUGUGUUUUAGAAAGAAUAUUAAGAGAGAAAAAAAAUACAUAUAAUCUGAGUUAAAAAAUAUGGUCAGACAAUAUGAGUAAACAAACUAAAAGAAGCCAUCGCUUUCCAGUUCUAAUGUUUACAGCAGAUGCCAGUUUGCAAUAUCCAUCUCUAGAAGAGCUUUUGUGAGAAUAAAAGAUUGAAAAAGUUAAUACAAAGGAAAUAAGAAAAGGGAAACUGGGUACAGGAUGAAACAAGCAAAAUCAUCUAGCAGUGACAAAGCAAAAGUGUAGGUUUACUGCUGAAUUUAGUAAAAGUGGUAAAGUUUGCAGAACGUUUCCAGUGAUAGGAGAUUUCCAGGAUUUUAGUCCUUCCACAGGAAAAGCCGUAUGAAGUGAAGGCUUUUUUUUUUAAAUCAGAACCCGAUUAACCCAAUCAUAUCUGCAUUUGUAACAAUGAGAGUAAUUACAAAUUUGUAAUUACAUCAAACAUCUUUGAACUUAAGGACGAACUUUUACUGUCAUCAUUAAACAACAGUUUAAAUCUUUGUUUGAAAAUUACAGUCAGUGUUUAUUUGAAGGAACAUAACAAACAGAUCAAAACGCCAGAGUGUUGUGAUAUCCUACUGCACUCAAAAGAGAAAAGGGUCCAUUAAUAACAAAACCAAGUCUCCGUUUGUAACAAGUUUAACAAAACAAUAGAGCAUAAAGCUUGUUUUUAAACUUUUUUCAUUCUCUUUGGAGUCGGAGAAGUGAUUGAUCAAAUUGUUCAAAGGCUGAAAUAGUUAGUUGCUUAGUUGACAAAAUAUCUCCAGAUAGUAAAUGAGCUUUUUUUGGAUCCUUAAUUACCCUUCAAUCUUUUUAAAGAAACAGAAGUGCUGAACGAUAGCUUGUAAACCACAGACAAUGGUGCUUAGUCUAAUGUGAGAUUGAAUCAAAUAUCUUUUCUGUUAGACUGCUGGACAGACAUGAGCUUCUUACUUAUCCUGUUCUUUAAACCUUUAAACUUUGAGUCCAGACAAAUCUGAUUUCCCACUCAUGACCCCCAUCGUCACUGCAGAAGUGCGUCCAUGUUGGUGCUCUGAACCUCUUUCAGUAUGUUUCCUGCAUGGUGUAAUUUCCCCAUUCUCAGGCCUGUUUGUGAUCAGUGUCUUUCUGCCCGCCUUGCUGCAGUGUUUCACAUGUUCCACCUGCCGGAACCGGCUCGUCCCCGGGGAUCGGUUCCACUACAUCAACGGCAGCCUGUUCUGCGAACACGACAGACCCACAGCACUCAUCAACGGCCAUUUGAGUUCACUGCAGACGAACCCACUACUGCCCGACCAGAAGGUAAGGGCCCCACCCUGCAAUUAUAAUUUUUUUUUUGUCUGAUGAAGGAGAGUUCAUCGAAGUUCUUUGUGAUCCCAUUUCAAAGUAGUGAUAGAAGCAGAGGGCUUCAGAAGUAAAGGACAAGUCAGUAAAACGUUGUCAUCAGUUAGCUGGAGUCAUUAGCAGGGAAAGAAAAACAUCUGUAAUUUUCACGCCAACAUUUUUCACUCUGUUUAUAUUGAUGUCGUCGAUGCAACUUCACUGCGAGGCAUGAGCUGGAUAUUAAAUCUUACAGAGCAGAGAUGAAUUUUAUUCUUAGACAGCUGAUAGAUUUUUCCAUCAUUCUUGUUGGAGGACACGCACCCAGAAAAUCUGUAUUAACCGUCAGCACAAAACAUGUGAAAAUGAUUGUUUUGUACUGCUGUCCUUACACCCAGUUUGUUAUGAGUAGGUACAACAUUUGACUCAUCUUGAAUUUAUUCUCUGUCCUGAGCCAAACUUCCAAUUGUGCUGAGAAAUGAUGCUCACUGGCAUUAAUACAGAGUUUUUUAAACAGCAUUUGACUAUCGUAUCGAGAACCAGAAUCACCUGCGCUAAGUUAUUACUCCAAGGCCAAAAAUAUGUAUCCGGGGCCUGAGGUUGAACACAGACAGCAAGCUGCGGCAGCCAGUAUAUCAUGAAAGCUGUCAUCAUGGUUUUCCCCUGAUUUGAUCUUGAUGCCUCCAGUGAAAGCAAAACAGAAGGCCUAAUCAUAUACGAAGGAUAACUUCAUUCUUCGGGAUAGCUUCAUUCUGCCCGCAGGAGAUAUAAUCAUUUUUGCCUCACAACAAGGAGCUUUAUUGAUACCUUGUCUGCACACACAGCACACAGAGAGAUAUGGCAGGCUGUUUGGAGUGUGUCACAGUCUGACUGAAAGAGGAAUUAUAUUGUUGGGAGCAUGCAUUUCACCUUGAGUGGUUUUGUGAGUAGAGGAGAGGUAGAACUCCAUUAAGCCCCCCUCCCCACCCCACCCCCCCUCCUCUCUCCCCCUCCAUCCACGUCACGGGCCUUUUAAGGGCUUGUCACUUCUACAAAUCAGCUCUUAGAGCUCUUAGAGCUUCUCACAUUCAAAUUGAAAGCCGUUGCAUUAUCUAGCUUAAUUUUAAAUGUCUGUUUAAGUCCUUACUCCCACCCCUGAUGUCUCUUGUAGCGUAGCUGGUGUAGUAAAUAUGAGGCCUCAUUGUUUAUUUAUGCGCUAACAUCAAUUGUAGUGAAAACUGCUGAAUUAUUGAUGCUAAAAUGCAAUCUGAAUAUUGGCCCUGGUGCUUUAAUUAUAGCAGAGAGAGAAUUAUUAAAUAAACAGAGACACAUCGCUCAGUGGGAACAGUCUCAGGAUGCUUUUGUUAUCUCCCUGAGUGAAAUGAGGAGAAUUAUCCUGCUGCUGGAGCACUUUAUCACACAAACAUUUCUUCGGCUCUAACAGAAUGUGGACAGCCUUGAAUAACACAGACGUACAGUAGGAUAACAGCUCUCCAAAUCAAUAAACCUCAUGUAUCCUCAACAGCACAACACGGGCUGGUUUAGCAGUGAGAAAAUGAAGCAGUCACUGCUCAUACAGAAACACGGGGUUAUCUACACAAGAGUGUUUUGAUUAUGUGUGAUUUUGCCGUGACAUAAUUGGUGUCCGCGUUUGUUUCGCAGGACAUCUGAUGCUCUGUUAUUAAGCUUUCUUCCCAGCGUCUUCCUAAUCUCUUUGUUCAGAACAGACAAAUUACCUCUCUCAUACGGAGCUGCUUUGACCCAGGGGAGUGAGACCCUCCCAGCGUCAGUCACUUUAAUUAGCCCCCAAGUAGGAGUUUGCAAUUACUAAUAGACUGAAGCCCUCCUAGUGAUUUGAAGGAUGAAGGGAAAAGUAAAUCAACCCUUAGAAACAUAAAGAAGGAGGAAAGAAAAAAAAAAAACAUCAUCUCUCUGUUUCACAGGACUGAACAUCUCCUGCAGUUAUGUGUGAGCGUAGUUAUAAUUAUACCAAAGAGAGAUCGCUUCAUGGAUGCACUUUUAAGUUAAUGCAAAGUAAAUGGGACACCAGAUGGUUUUCAAAGCCUGGCUGAUCAAUAAAUUAAACAGUCGAGCUGGUGGAAAGUUGACUCAUCAGGGUGAAAUAUUUAUGGCAUUUUUUUUCCUGAACUGAUCCUCUUAAUGAGGGCCAGAGAUUUUAAAAUGUUUUAUUUUUCAUCUCUCAUUAUUCAGGUGUGUUAG